ACUACACCACUAAGACCAUACAACACUCACCAGGACCACCAGGACAAGCCGCUGGCACGGGAGCACAAGGACCUGAGGAUGAAGCUGUUGGUGAUUGUGAUGAGCUGCGGGCUGCUGGCCGCGGUCCUCGGUGUGAAGGAGGAAGACGCUCGCCUCAUCGCAAGAAGGUCCACCAAGACCAACGUGAUCUUGACCACCACCACCACCAUCGUGCCGCUCACCUGCCUCAGAGACCCCUCCGCCCUCCCCUGCAGGAGACGCCGCCUCCGUCGCUACAUCCCGACGGGCGCUGUUAAUGACGACGCCCACCUGGACCAGUCGCCGGAGCUGUCCGGGACUCUGCCAGUGCAGGAGGGAGCGCGGGAGGGCCGGGUGGCCAUCACCCUGGUCACCUACGUGUCCAGCACCUACACCGUCACCUCCACCUCCGUCAACACCGCCGUCACCUUCUCCCUCUCAUACUACUGCUCCGCGCCCAAUGCUGUCGUGCCGCCCACCUGCGGCUAGACGCACCCACUGGCGCCCACCACCUGCACCAGUGGCUGCCACACCACUCAGGCCUCCGUGGCGUCUUGGACGUGUCGUGGACGAGUUUCAGACGUGUCUUGGACGUGUCUCAGACGUGUCUUGGACGUGUUACGGACGUGCAGCUGAGCUGGAUGAGAGUCUUCACUUGACUGAGCCUCAGCCAAGUGCUGUUAAGUGAGGAUUGUUGGUCUUAAUGAUGACUGGAGCUGUGAGCUGAGGAAUUCAUGUGUACUCAUACACUUACACUGACUCUAGUCAGUGUAAGUGUAUCAUGAGUGCCUCAGUAUACUGAUUAUUCUAACCUUAUACAUAAUACAUAACGAGGGGUCAUAAUGUAGUGCAAAAUACACACUGUAUACACU